AUGACGUGGCUCUUCUGCUCUGCAAUCACCACGAUUCUGGCCUCAAGGGUAUUGAAAAUGGAGAGAAAUAGUUUGGAAUAUCUUUUACAUCAGUUAUGUGGUGUUACUGCUAACAAAGAAUACCAGAAUGUAGAUUGGAGAUUACGCCCUCUUCCUGAGGAGAUGGUCAGAUAUGCCAGAGAAGAUACACAUUAUCUGUUGCACAUGUAUGAUUUAAUGAGAUCAAUGUUAUGUUUGAUCCCAAAGGAAUCAGAAAACUUGGACACUCCUUUUAUAUGUUUUUAA